AUGGGGCCCCUGUGUCCUUGCCCAAACUCAAAAAAGCCUAUGAAAAAGCCUAUAAAAAAGGUACCAGGGGCAUUUCAUGGGGCCCCCUACUGACCCCUGGCCCUCGGACAGUGCUCGAGUGCUCAAAUGGUCAGUCCGCCCCUUGCUCUCUACUCUGUCCCAAACUUACACUUUAAAGCUGAUAAUUUCACAUCAAGAUUGAGUUACCAAAGGCAAGUGGGCAAUUUACUUUGCAAGGGAAGCUGUGCAGUGCAAGGAAUUUUACCCCAGAGCUUAAUAAAUGUAAUGGAAUUUCACUUUACA